AUGCCUCCUAUCAGCGUGUGUAUACCGUCGUUUCGCUCGGAAAACAACCAUAUCGAGAGGGGCUACACGGUUUUUCGAAUUGACGUGCUGAUAAACGGAAGGCAACAUGUUGUUGAGAAACGCUAUAGCGAAUUCCACUCCUUGCAUAAAAUGCUGAAGAAGAGCAUCAAACCACCUGAGAUCCCGUCCAAGCAUGUAAGAAACUGGGUCCCCAAAGUAUUGGAGCAGAGGAGACAGGGACUGGAACUCUACCUGCAGACUAUAAUUAUGGAGAACGAGGUUCUUCCAAAGAUAUUCCUAGACUUCCUCAAUAUCCGUCAUUUCCCAUCCCUGCCGAAGACUGAGAGUUGCGGGUCGUUGGAUACAGAUUCAGUUGAAUCGAGUAAACUUUCACACCAGCCCAUCAUGGUGUUUCUGAAUGACCCCUACUUGCUGCCAGAUCCACAUGAUGCAUUUCCCAAUGUUGUAAUUGAAGGCGUCAUCCGUGGAGUUUUCUAUGCAGAUCUACAGCCCAGGUAG